GUUAACACACAAGGCGAUGCCAAACUGAGCAGUACUGACUGUCGUCUGCUUCCUUAUGUCGGAAACGCUAGGGAAUUUAGAUACGCCAUGCAUGUAACGGUAUCGUACGUAUGUCAACAAAUGGGCCAGUCGAGCCGUCCAUAACAAUAGGCCGACUUAGGGCUCGAUAUACACACGGCAUUGUUAGCUUCCCGUAGAUCAUAAGUCGUCCGACUCAUGAUCACUUGGACUUAAAAACAGUGACAUUUUUUCAGUGAACAUAUUAUCUCUCAUGUACUCGUAGACGUACUUCGUGUGUGAGGACGCUAAUGUAACAUCGCUGGUUCGACAAGUAGGUCAGAUUAUUUUUAGGUCAACUGAACGUAAAUGUUUGAUGCGCUGUUAAAAGGCUUGCCUACAUCCGGGUAUUAAAAAAUACCGGGACUAUCAUAUACGUGCAUGCUUUUUUUUUUUUUAAUUUCAAAGACGUUUAUAUUUAGCUGUGGUUUUCCGUGCGUAAUGGAAAGACUGGAGUUAAUUGAACCAACAGGUAAAAACGCUACAAUGACGUAAGCAGUAUGCAGGCUAUAGUCGUACAGCCGGAUGUUUGUGUAAUGGUGGAUAUAACGCUAGGCCUAAUGGUGUCGUUAUUACGGGAGCCACAGACCACUUACGUCUUGGAUUCUGAAGUCGGUUUGAGGACCAGACGACACUGAUUUUUAGCAGAAACUAUGGAUAUAUAAGAUGUUUAAAGAAAUGAAAACGAACAACAUAUCUGCUGGAGGCGAGUGGGCCGCUUCCGGCACAUCUCGGUCAGUACACAAUUCUCCGAGGACACUCGUACUUCCGGAGCACAUGGACGGAGAGCAGUUGGAGGAAAUGAUUGCAGCAGCCCCUCUGGAUUUAUCCGUGUUCAGUGUGCAAUCAAAACCGACUCGUAAUGCCGAGAGUCCUCUAGAUUUGUCGUUAAAAACAAGAAAAAGAACGGCGGAUUCUACGGAUGAAAAUCAUAUACAAUUGUGUGUGUUUACUGGUUCUAAAAGAGUUUGUCAAGGGGUGACGGGAACACCAGAACUGCUAGACAGGUCGUUCGCUUUCCGUCAGAAUUUAUCGGGAUAUGAGGAUACUAAUAGUGGAAAUAAAGGUGCCAUCUAUAAAAGACAACUUAGUGCCGACUUUGAGGGGAAACCAACCGUGAUAAAAAAUGGAUUUCCCGUGGAUAAAGUUCCUGCCCCUUCACAAAUCCAGGAACACCAGUAUCAUUAUUAUCAACAGAAACAACAUCAGCAAUUGCAGCAGCAACAACAACAUCAACAACAGCAGCAACAACAACAGCAGCAACAACAACAGCAACAUCAACAUCAACAUCAACAACAUUUACAGCAGUUAAAAAUCCGUCAACAUGCAUUGCAGUCACCUCAGUCAGAUUUAUCACCUCAACAGUUGCUGUCUCAGAAACAUCAACUGGCGCAGCAAAGAAAGCAACAGCUUGGGCAACAGAUGCAAUUAUCUCAACAACAGCAGCAGCAACAACAACAACAACAACAACAACAACAACAACAACAACUUUUGUCGAAACACCAUCAGCUGUCCCCACAACAACAGUUGUCAAAACAACAACAAGCGUUGUCAUCACAGCAGCAACAACAGGUAUCCAUGCAUCAAGUUAUGAAACAUCAAAUGACACCUCAGCAACAACUUACAAACCAUCAUCAACAACAGCAACAACAGAAAUUAAAACAACAGCAGCAUGGAUUCCAAACCCUCUCCCAAUAUAUCAAACAGGAACAACAACAUAAGUCAGUUAGUCACACCACACAACAGGAACAUCAUUCCAAUACUCUCUACCAACAAGAGAUAAAACACCGACAACAACUCCAGAGACAACAAUCACAACAACGACAUCACCGCGACGAGAUUCUCCAUGAGAGAUACAUUCAAUCUAAGCUUUCAGAAAAGGCGUCUCCUACACUGUCGGGGUACGCGCCACAGCGACCGAGAAAACCUGAUGGAACACCAGCAGAACAGCAGGCUCUCCAUGGGUAUACGUCAUGUGACAAUACAAGGGCAGCUAACUCUUCUCAAAACUUAGACACGGGUAAACACUGUUACAGUAAACAUGUGGAGUCACGUGGUUCUCAUAGUCAACCGUUCACUGUCAAGCAUAGCUCAACGGACACUACGGGGUUUUCAAACGAACUACAGAGAGGUUCACUAGAAAAGCAAACAAAUGUUACGUAUUCCACAAGUGCUGGUCACUCUGGCUACACCUGUUUGUCUGUGACCUCGGCCACACAUUCGGGCGGAAUUGUUCACGCAGGUCCUAUUGGCCCAUCAGGUUAUCCCGGCCACACUGGUCAGUCCGGUCGGACAAAUAUCCCCGUGUUCGGUCCGUCCAACAACCUCCAGUAUUAUAACAUGAGUGGAGGUACUAUGUCAAGAAGACAUUCCCCACACUUUGAAGCCAUUCAACGAUGUAGUCCCGAUAGUACCAUAUCUACAAAUUCUCCCUAAACAGUUCCAUGGCGACCCGGAGAC